AUGGACCUUCCCACCCUGUCCGCGACUGGUAUCGAUGAGGACGACAUCCCAACCAUCACGAACGCCUGCGAGUUGCCCACGCUCACAGGUGCGCCCGGCUCCAUCUUGACCUCGUUCACCUCCAGACUGAAGUCUUGGACGAGCGCUCACAGCAGCGAGCUCAGCGCUGUCUGGUCCGCUUGCAAGGACGAGGACUUUGUCGGCAAGAUUACUUCUCUUGCCGAGAACUACGGCCUCGUUUGCUCGGCUGUAGCAGAGUUCAGUCAUUCCCUCGAUGGUACUACAGUGGUUGCAACUACGACUGCUUCCGGUAAUGCGGCUACUGAGACUGGAGUCGCAGCUACUGGCACCGGGGGGGCGGCUACUGCUACGACCAGCUUGCCCAACACUGCGUCGCGAGAGACUGGGAUGGUUAUGAUUUCUGUUGCGGCUGCUGGUGUUGUCUUUGCUUUUAUUCACUGGGAGAGACUUUGUACUUGA